CUUUCUAGCGUGAGGAAGAAGAGGGCCCCCUUCAAAUCCAAAACCCUCGCCUCUUCCCGUCACCAUCACCGGUUAAUUCUCUCCGGCGACUACUCCUCCGUUCUCCGCCUCAUGGCUUCGCGCCAUUUUUUUGCUGGAGAUUAGUUGCCGGAAGGUAGAAAUGUCGUUCUGAUUCGACGAGCUCCCUUUUUUCUUUCCACUUUCGUCGUCAUUGUGGUUUCUAUGGCGUCUGCGAUUUUAUCAAGCAGAAAUGAACGAAACUCGGGUGAUUUUAUGAAUAAAUUUACUGAAAAUAGUCAUCUAACUUUCUCCAGAUUACAGAAUAUCACUUGCCCUACUCCUCACUCUAACCCUAACCCUAAUUCUAGCCGUUUCUUUAGCAGAAAUGUUCAUUGGAAAAAUCAGGAGCAAAUGCGGUCUUCUGGUCCGUCUGGAGAGGUGUUUAUCGGUUCGUCGAUCAAUUCCGUACCGGCGAGCUCUCAUGGAUACAGGUACAUUACCUAUCGUCUUGGUUCGUACACUAGAUUAGAGCUUAAAGAGUUGAAAAAAAAGUUGGUUCUGGAUCUGGAACGGGUGAGGGACCUCAAGCAUUGGAUCUGUUCGACGCCGAUACCCAAAAGGCAUUAUCAACCACCGCCGCUGGGGUUACCGCCGGCUCCUGAAGCUGAUUUGACGGUGAAAGAACGGCCAAAGAAUGCAGUCGGUCAGAAACGUGCGAAACCGUCUUCUUCAGCCAGGGAUACGAAGAAGCAUUGUGGUGCUCGUGUGAAGAACAAUACGCAGAGGAGUAAGCUCGUGAUGAAGAAAUGUAGUCAAAUUUUAGCUAAGCUGAUGAAGCACAAACACGGUUGGGUUUUCAAUACUCCAGUUGAUGCGGCUGCUUUGAAGCUAAGUGAUUAUCAUAAAAUCAUCAACAAACCGAUGGAUCUUGGAACUAUCAAGUCGAAGCUUACUAAAAACGAAUACGAAUCUCCUCUCGCCUUUGCUUCCGACGUCAGAUUAACAUUCCAAAAUGCCAUGCUCUACAAUGGCCAGGGCUCCGAAGUCUUCGCAAUGGCAGAGCGUCUUCUUUCGCUGUUUGACGAAAUGUUCGAUACAAAUCAUCAUUCCAAGAGCCAAAAUCGUUCUACCAAACUACCCAUGGAACAAAAACCAAUUUCAAUCCCAUCUCUUCCAAUUGAAAAUGAGAAACCAGUAUCCAAUGUCAGAAAACCAAACCCUGUACCUCCUCAACUCGCACUACAUCCAGGUAAUACAUCGAGUGAUAACAUCAGAAAGCCAAAGAAACCGGAGAUGACAGAACAGGAGAAAUCAGAGCUAGCAGCAGGGUUAAACAAUCUACAACUGGAUCCUGAAGGCAUGGAUCAGAUAAUGGCAAUCGUUAAGAAAAGGGGUUCCAAAUUAGAACAAGAUGGAAGUGAAAUCGAGCUUGAUUUUGGUUUGCUUGAUGAUGACACGCUAUGGGAGCUUCAUAGGUUCGUUGGUAUCUCAUGUAAGAAGACAAUCACCAACAUGGGUUCUUCUGUACAGACUAACAAUUCUCCAGAUAUAGAAGAGGAGAUUGAUAUAGGAGAAGAAAUCCCAUUAACCAAUUUCCCAUUUCUUGAAAUCGAAAAGGAUGGUUUAACAGUGAGUAGUAGCAGCAGUUCGACCAGUGAUUCGUCAUCUAGUGAUUCAGAAGGUUGUUCAGGGUAAAAGGGGAAAUGAAGAUUUUUGGGGGUUUGAGGUGAAAAGUGAAAGGAGAGAAAGUCUAACUGUUUUUUUUUUGGAGGUGUAGAGAAGGUUAUAUGUAAAGGAAUUAACAUGAUAUGAUAUUUUGAUAUGAUAUGAUAUGAAGAAAGAAGCUUUAGUUUAGAAGAAGGUGAAGUAGUAAUAGGAGGAAUGUAAUUGAGAUGGGGGAUGAAUGUAAAUAAUGAAAAGUAUGUUCUAAAAAGUAAAUGAGAAUGAGAACGUUUUAUGGA